AACACGAAACACUACAAAAUCGGUACACUAUUUUGGCCUAGUUAUAGACCAGAUACUCGUUCUUAUAUACCAUGGUGGUAAGCUACAAGAAGGUUGGGGGAAGCAGCAGUGAUAUUAUUGUGAUGAUGAUGACGGUGAUGGUAUUGGUAAAUAUGGUUUACGUUUGUGAAUCAUCAUCAUUAUCAAAGGAGUGCCCCAAAGCAGCAUAUUGUCACUGUAUGGAAGAAUGCUUUGCCGAAAAUACCCCCGGGAAAUACGGGACCUUGGAUGACCCUAUCUUGUUGGAAGGACAUUGCGAAACGUUGUGUGAUGCUAAAUUUCAUGCUCCAUGUUCCGAUGACCCCCAAUUAUACUGCGUAAUUGAUAAAGCUGCUGCUCCAUUAUCUCAUAUUCACGCACACAUCAACUAAUGAUUCAGCUAAUUCCAUGUAUCUAGCUUAAAUAAUAAAUGACGACUGAUCAAUUCAAUUAAGAAGCUUCAUUUAAAAACUCAAAUAUAUAAUUAAUUAACA